AUGCAUCAUGUGCAUCAGAUACAUGUCGUGUUGAUGAAGGCAGCAGGUGUGCCACUGACACACAUCAUGUCAGGUGAUCAGUUUGAGAAGGAACGAUGUCUGUCAACAAUGUUGGGAUAUGGCAGGACUGACCUGUUUAUGAAGUACUUUGAUGUCUUUGUCCAGGCAAAGCCACAAGGUGUCACUCUUCACCUUCGACAUCUGAUUAAAGUUGCAAUCGAGGUCAACAACAUCAAUGUUGCUCUUCAUCUGUUCAAGUUCAAUCGAGACAACAAUCUCAUGCACGACAACUCAUUGGUCAUUGCCAAACACAUCGAUGAUGUUGUCAGGUUGGAUCGACAUGACAUGGCUGAGCUGCUUCUGUCCGAGCUCGAGUUCGCCAUCAAUGGAUCACUCAAGAACAAAAAACAACAGAGGUUGGCAAGAUGUACUCGAGUUGCCAGUCUUUCAAGAUGCUUGAGACAAUCCACUCGCAAUGCCAUCUGUUCAAGCCCCUUCACAAAUCAGUGUACAUUAGUGUCAAGUUGA